UUAAUUAACUGGCAGUAACGCGGCCGCGCAUUGAUAUGACAGGUGUGCCGAGACUUUAUUCAAACGAAAAGGGUUCCGGUAGAAUUGCCGCCGCUCUGAAGACGAGGCAGGAGCUUCAGUACCGUUCGUGUUUCUCUCACAGGGGGGAAAAAGAGCUUGCAGGAUGAACAGCAGUGGGCCGGUGUACCCUUUGGCCUCGCUCUACGUCGGUGACUUGCAUCCUGAUGUUACAGAGGCCAUGCUCUAUCAAAAGUUCUCUCCUGCGGGGCCCAUCAUGUCCAUCCGUGUGUGCCGGGACAUAAUUACCCGCAGGUCCCUCGGUUAUGCCUACAUCAAUUACCAGCAGCCUGCUGAUGCGGAAUGUGCACUGGACACGAUGAACUAUGAAGUGAUAAAGGGUCGUCCAAUCAGAAUCAUGUGGUCGCAGCGAGACCCUUGUCUGAGGAAGUCUGGAGUGGGGAACAUCUUCAUCAAGAACAUGGAUGAGUCUAUUGACAACAAGGCACUUUACGACACCUUCUCUGCCUUUGGAAACAUUUUGUCAUGUAAGGUGGUAUGUGACGAAAAUGGCUCGAAAGGUUACGGAUUCGUGCACUUUGAGACACAGGAGGCAGCGAAACGCGCCAUUGAAACCAUGAACGGCAUGCUCCUGAAUGAUCGCAAGGUUUUUGUUGGACAUUUUAAAUCUCGUAAAGAGCGGGAGGCAGAGUUUGGUGCAAAGGCCAUGGAGUUUACCAAUGUUUACAUCAAGAACUUUGGAGAAGAUUUUGACAGUGAGAAACUGCGCAAUAUCUUCUCCGAGUUUGGUAGGACCCUGAGUGUUCGUGUGAUGACUGAUGAAAAGGGGCAUUCUCGUGGCUUUGGCUUUGUGAACUAUGAAAACCAUGAGGAUGCACAGAAAGCUGUAGCUGAAAUGAAUGGAAAGGAGCUGAACGGACGAGUUCUGUAUGUGGGCCGGGCUCAGAAGAGACUGGAGAGACAGUCCGAGCUCAAACGCAAGUUUGAGCAAAUCAAGCAAGAACGCUUAAACCGAUACCAGGGGGUAAAUCUGUACGUGAAGAAUCUGGAUGAUGGAAUUGAUGAUGACAAACUAAGAAAAGAGUUUGCCCCGUAUGGCAUGAUCACCAGUGCUAAGGUGAUGACUGAGGGAGGUCACAGCAAGGGCUUUGGAUUUGUUUGCUUCUCCUCUCCUGAGGAAGCUACUAAAGCUGUGACUGAAAUGAAUGGCCGGAUCGUCAGCACUAAGCCGCUGUAUGUGGCCUUGGCCCAAAGAAAGGAGGAGCGCAAAGCCAUUCUCACCAACCAGUACAUGCAGAGAUUGGCUAGUGUGAGAGCCAUUCCUGGCCCUGCAAUGCCUGCUUACCAGCAGAGUACUGGCUACUACAUGCCCUCCAUACCUCAGCCCCAGGGACGUGCCUACUUCAACGCUGUACCAAAUUUACGACCUGCACCACGCUUUGCUGCCCAAGCCACUCGACCACAGGCUCCUUACUCAUCUCAGACACUGAGGCCGGCGAUGCCACGCAGGACCUCCACUCCUAUCAGCACUGUGCGCCAGGCCUCUACGCAGGUCCCAGGUGUGAACACUCAAAGAAUGGCUCACAUCGGGACUCAGACAGCAGGUGGGAGAACCGCUGGUGGACCUAUGAUGAGGGGUGUCAGUCAAUACAAAUACUCAAGUGGGGUUCGAAAUGUUCAGCAGGUCAUCACUGUACCAGCUCUAGUUCCACAACAGCUGGUGCCUUCUUCAGUUAUGGAGCCUGCAGUUCAUAUAAAAGGCCAGGAACCCCUUACUCCAUCCAUGUUGGCAGCUGCACCCCUUUUGGAACAGAAGCAACUACUGGGUGAACGUUUGUAUCCUCUGAUCCAGGCACUUCAUCCUAACCUUGCUGGUAAGAUCACCGGUAUGCUGCUCGAAAUAGACAACUCUGAACUUCUGCACAUGCUCGAGUCUCCAGAGUCAUUGCAUGCUAAGGUUGAGGAGGCAGUGGCUGUUCUUCAAGCUCAUCAAGCAAAGGAAGCCUCACCUAAGAAAUAAGGGAUGCUUAUGCAGGCCUGUUCUUUAAAGGUCCAUGGGUUUUGCUGAAGAAGAAAAAGGGGUAUAAUAAGUUAAGACAAAAUUAUUUGUGGGGGAGAUUAGUGUAAACACUUCUAAGGCAUUGGCACACGUGAGGGUAGUUUUUGCUCCUGCCAGUACUGCAUUGCACAGUUAUGUUAAUAGUAAGUUUUGUUAUAUAAAAGAAGUAAGGAAAAGGGAAAUACAUUUUCCAAAAAAAAAAAACUGUAAAAAAUUUAAAGUGGAAAAAAAACUCUGUUGUGCAUUAAAAUGUAUUGGCUUGCCCAAAA